AAUCUCUGAUGAUCAUCCAUGCCAUUGUUCAUACUCUUGAUUUUAGCACCGGCAGACGGGGGCUGCGAACUGCGGCCGCCACACUCUUCCCUGUGCACGGCACGACGGUAGCGCCAAAGAGAAGCUGCCUGGAAUGGGGAGGAUGCGGAAGAUUCGAGGGAUCGGGAUACAGAAGAGUGAACCAUGAUUCUUUUCUCACGUGACGAGACGGGAGAAAAACAUCAUUCGCCUGAGGUGGAGAUGCAGCGGCUGACAUGUUCGGCGUCACAGAGGACCUCGCUGCUGAGCCGCAGCUUCCGCCCGAUCUGCCGCGCGGCGCGGUGAGCUUACUGAUCUUGGCGCAGAACAUCAACCUGCCGCUGCUUGCGGCCCGGAGCGACUUGGCCUCCGCCUUUCGCUGGGCGCUGCAGGAGGACGUCGCGGCCCAGUUGUGCGGGGCCGGCGUGGCCUUUGCGCCGGGGCAGGUGGAGGUGCGGUUGCUGGCGGACUCCGCGGCGAUCCCGGUGACCGUGACGCCCAGCCACGGGUUGCCGUGUCACGAGCUGCACCGGCUGUUGUCCACAAAGCAGUUGAGAUGGUGUGCUGGCUCGAAGCUGGAUCACCUGGAAGGCUUCAGUCAGGUGUGUUUGAGCCCUUCCUGGUGUUUCUUCAGUGUGGGCCUGCCCUCCAUCGUCGCGGCCUCUGACGAGUUGGCGUCCACUACGGCGGGGUCUCCAUUGGAGGCCGAAGGGCGUGUCGCAAGGGCGUCCCUCAACCAGGACCUGCCCGCGGUGCCCGAUGAGCCCGACUUCACCCUGCCCCGCUCGCUGGAACGGACGGGCCAUACUCCACGCGAGGAGGAGAAGGGCCACGCGAAGAAGCCGCCCCGGGCCUCGCCAAAGCGGAAAGCGGCGGCCAAGGC